AUGCCUCAGAACAUCCGACGCGUGGCCGUCAUUGGAGCCGGUCCAGCCGGUGCCAUUGCGACAGACGCUCUUGUCAAAGAAGAAGCUUUUGAUACAAUUCGCGUCUUUGAUCGCAGAAUCGUAGUCGGAGGAACAUGGGUCUACACACCACAUCUACCACCUAAAGUCCCCUCGCUGGAGGCUCUGGUCGCUGGAGAAGCGGAUCAACGUAUUCCUAUUCCAGAAUAUCUACCAGCCGUGACUCCAUUCAAUGAGAAAGUCAAUAGCCAUCAGCACAGGUACUCAGACACGCCAAUUCAUGAAAAUCUGCAUAGCAACAUCGCACCUGAGAUUAUGGGCUACACUGAAGAGCCUCUACCGAACAAAUUAUCACAGCAGACGCUGAAAGAAUAUGGGCCAGGUGCUCCAUUUCGGCAUCACACCGUUGUUCGCCAGUGGGUUGAAGACAUCUUUAUUCGCGGCGACCAUGACAAGCUGCUCGAACUCAGAACGACGGUGGAGCUCGUUGUCAAAGAGGGAGAUGAAUGGGUGAUAACUCUGCGAAAGGUUGUCAACGGAAGCAAUUACUGGUGGAAGGAGAGGUUUGAUGCUGUGGUUGUUGCCUCAGGCCACUACAACGUGCCCUGGUUUCCUGUGGUUCAAGGAUUCCUAGAAUACAACCAGAGAUUCCCUGGUGCAAUUCUUCACAGUAAGCACUUCAGAGGAGGCCGACACUACAAAGGAAAGCGUGUUAUCGUCGUUGGAGCUUCAGUGUCCUCCGUCGAGGUAAUGUACGAGAUCCUAGACUUUAUAGACGGCCCAGUCUACGCUUCUGUACGAGACGAGCCCAUCGAGUACUACGGAUGGGUGCCUUUGGAACAUCCAAAGAUCUCCGUCAAACCAGCCAUCGAUCGUCUGGACCCAAGGACUGGCCGUGUCUAUUUCACAGAUGGGUCUUUUCUCGACGACGUAGACCACAUCAUCUACGGAACAGGCUACACGUUCAGUUUUCCAUUUCUCCCUGCUGUUCAGGAGCGCGUUAAGAAUGCUUAUCGACGAUUACCUGGAGUGUAUCAACACACUUGGGAUAUGGAGGAUCCAACAUUGACUUUCGUUGGAAUGAUCGGAAGUUUCACCUUCAAAGCAUACGAAUGGCAAGCUGUUGCCGUCGCUCGUUUCCUGGCUGGCCGCUCCAAGCCCCUUCCACCAAUCGAGGACCAGCGAGAAUGGGAGCGCAAACGCGUGUUGGAGAGACGAGGAGGCAAAUCAUAUUACAGCAUUGGCCCUGACUAUCAAGGGUUCUUCGAAUGGUUCAGGGAUAUUGCAGGAGAACCUGUCAAGGGCACAACAGGACGUUAUCUGCCCCCUUUCGAAGCACGUUGGUUAGUCAUCUGGGGCAGCAUGUUUCUUCCCAAGUUGGACCGUUGGAGAUGGAAGAGGAAAGAGGCUGAAUGGAAGCAAGAGUUCAAGGCCAAGCUUUCCAGGAUAUAA